CUGCCGAGUUUCAAGGUCUCAUGUAUACGUAUACUUCUCCCGGCGACAACUGCCUCAUGGUCGUUCAGACGGUUCAUUCCCGUCUUUGAUGCCUUGCCGUUGUUGAAGGAUAGAUCUAAGCUCACUAUUGACCGCCCCGCCACAAACUCUGACCCUUAAUCCUAUAUCGCUACCGGAGUUCUUUCCAGCCAAGGUGAAAUGUAAGACACGAUGGGAACGCGAGGGUGGCGCUGGCAGGAAAACCUAGAAGUAAAAGAUUAUCGCAGCCAGUCCAACUUCCAAAGCAGCUCAAACUCGGAGCCCUCAGAGUCAAGGCCUUCUAAAAUGAAGCCUGGUCCAGUAUACGUCAUCCGCGUAGAUCACCCCCACCAACGAAUGGUCAGUUGCACCGAAGCUAUCUAAAAGACGUUUCAAUUGGCAAGAGAGCCUAUCAUAAUUUAAAUGACAUUAAUCCACGACCAUCCACGACGAUUCUUGAAGUACAUAAGGACUAACACCCGGGUCAGAUCCAACAAAGAAGUCCCAUGUUUCCCCAUCCAGAUCCACAUGCAGAUUACCGGAAAUCCGAGGGAAAAGCUGCAUCGCUCCCUGAAAGUUCCGUAUAUAAACCCAAAUUUUUUCGUGCCCCCUUUACCUACUACAAGACACAAUGUCACUUGCUCGAGCAGUCCUCUCAUGUACCCAGGCUGUAGCACACCGCUACGCCAUGACUCCACCCAACAAAACCCAACCAAAGGACAGAUACCACACAGAAGAACCCUGGGUCCUUCAAAUCGCACCAUAUGUGUUCUAUUCCCAUUCUGUCCUCGUCGGUUUCUGUGCCAUAGGCGAGACCCUAGCAUACCUGAUUUCCGUAUCCCCCAUUUCUUCCAUCCACCCCUUCGACCACUUCUCAUCGACGUCCGUAUCAAUAACACCUCUCUUCCUAAUCGGCACUCUAUCCCUCCUUCUUGGUACAUGGAUUCGCCUAGACUGUUUCGCGACGUUGGGAAAACUCUUCACCUUCGAUUUGACGCUCCAGGAGAAUCACAAAUUGGUCACAACGCGGUUCUACGGUUACGUCCGCCACCCUGCUUAUACUGGUUCUCUUCUCCUCGUUCUGGGAAUCACCUUCUCCCAUCUGACUAGGGGCUCGUGGUUCAUCGAGUUGCUUCCCGUCCCUUACUCGCUGAUAGUUCUAUGCACCGCUGUUUGGUGGUGCUGGUGCUUGUCGGUCGGUAUCAGCAGAGCGUUCGCGGAGGAUAAGCAGAUGCACAAGCAGUUUGGUGAAGAGUGGGAGAAGUAUAGGGAUAGCGUUGGUUGGUGGUUCUUCCCAGGUGUUAUGUAAGGGGGAAAAAUGACUUGCGAUUCGAACCUUCCUAG